CUUUAUUUUUUUUUACGGAUAGUUGUGAUGCUGGUGGUCGAAUACGAAAAGAGUUAACCUGCUGAAUGAAUUUUUAAGAAAACAGUUAUAGCCUUAAAAUUCUUCAAGCGACAGAACGCUCGCGUUUUAACUAUACGCGCGUCUUGCUCGCGUUUUUGCAGCGUAGACGCCUGACUCCUUACAGCCUCAACAAGAAGCUCACUAAGGGCCGGUGAUGGAGUGGCGACCGCAGUCUUCAGUGGGUUGUGAGGCAGCUUACUCAGAAGCACAGAGAUGGAUUGAGGCAGUCACCAAGAAGAAGUUUGUGAGCAGUAAUUUCCGGAGUUCUCUGGAGAAUGGACUUCUGUUGUGUGAUCUGAUAAACAAGACCAGGCCUGGCGUCGUCAAGAAGCUAAACAGGUUAUCCACACCUAUUGCUGGCCUGGACAACAUCAGCCUCUUCUUAAAAGCCUGUGCAAAGCUUGGACUAAAAGAGGCCCAGCUUUUCCACCCAGGAGACCUUCAAGACUUAUCCACACGUGUGACUGUCAAGCACCAGGAGAGCAGCAGGAGGCUCAAAAAUGUUCUGAUCACCAUAUACUGGUUGGGCAGAAAGACACAUGCUGAUCCUUUUUAUAAUGGACCUUACCUAAAACUAAAGGCUUUCGAGGGAUUACUUGGCAAAGCACUAAAUAAGACACUAGAGGAUUGCACAUCACUGCAGGGCAGUGUGCGAAACAGCUCUUGUAGAGAUAGCUGGUACUCAGAGAAAGAAGAGCUCUUCCCACUACGAGCCGGACACAGGAGAGAAGACUCUCUAGACAGCCUCGACUCACUGGGCUCCAGAACUUACAGCACAUCCUCAGACGCUACACUCAAAGGAAGCAGCGAGGGUUGUGGCAGUGACCCUGAAGCAGAUCUGAGCUUCAUGAUGUCAGAAAAUAAAGAAUACCGCCGUUCACUGGUCAUAGCACCUAAGGCCACCACUCAGUACAACCAGUUCCUGCCAACAAAGGACAAGCAGACAGGCUACGUUCCAGCACCAUUACGCAAGAAACGUGCAGAGCGAAAUGACGACAACAGAAGAAGCUGGGCUAGCCCUAUGUACACAGAAGAUGAUGGCACUUUUACAAGUCAUGAGAGGGCAAGUUCAGACCCUUCAUCUAUCACCGGUUUAAAAGAACAGACAGCCGCUCACCCGUCUUUGACCUAUCAGUAUGAGAGCAGUGAUUCGGAUGCAGACCGACCGGAUCCCGACGUGGUUCUAGAUGACCUUGCUAGCCGUAGAUUUCACAGCCCCUCCCCUGUUGCUCCGACCAACUUUGCCUUACCCAUGAGCCACCUGGAGGCAACUGCUGUCCCGUGUACUACCAGGUCACAGGUGGCUGUCAGUAAUGUGUCCCGGGAGACACUGACCCAUCUCAGCAGUCAGUCACAGCCUCUUCAGAGGACUUACAGGAGACCUGUAUCUGCUGGUGUCUGCGUUUAUGAUGACUCUGAGGAAGAGGAUGACGAGUUUGGCUAUGCCGAUCCUGUUCAAGAUGAUCUUUAUGCCCGUAAAGUAGGCCUGACACCUCAACCGUCUGUAACAGUGCCUUUUGAUAAAUUUCUGCCCAAGUUCUGGACACCUGAUGAGGAUGCACACGUGAAGAAGAUCAAACUAGGCUCCCAGCGCCGACCUUGGUACAGGAAGAUCCAAGGUUUCAGCCCCAAGAAGUCAGGUUCAUCCUCUGAAGAAUCAGACGGUGACGUCAACCCCUGGCUCUCUGUACCUACUUUCUCUCGCACUCAGUCUGAACCCCCUCCCUCUCACUCCCAUGCACCUGAAGGCCUCGCUCAGUCCAGCCUCACUUCCACACUCAGUUAUCAAACACAACCUCUCACGGUUGCUCAGCAGACUGCUGGACUGCAUAAUUUAAAGCCCCCUGAUUUUUGGCCCAGACCGGAUCCCGCCUCUGGGCCCAGACUCAUAAAAUGUGAAAAGCAUUCCCUCCUUGGGCGUGAACACCCUAACGACCCAUACAACGUUUCUGCCGACAUCCUGCCUGAUUUGGAAAAUGACGAUAUGUUCACACGCCGUACAAAAACCUUCCACUCAAGUGAUGACCUAGCCAAAUUGAAGUAUGGUAACUUCCUGUUGCCUCGCCGCAGAUCGGAGGCCGACGUCAUGGUGGUAAUUCAGCCCCGCCACGAGAGUGAACCCAUUUAUCCAGACAUUGAAAAAGACGAUGUGGUUUUUCGAAGGGCUCAACAGCAAAUCAGUCAUCGCCCUCUGUCUGGGGCCCCUGAUAACUACCACCCUGUUCGUAUUCCAGAGGCAUGGGCUUUGCCACCAAAACUGCAGGCCAAGCUGAUGUGUGACCCAGUGGAACCCAGACAGCACAAACCCAAUCCAGAGAUUAAACACGGAGCAGAACAGCACCUGAAGGCAGAUGAUAUGCUACUUAGGAAGCUAAGAGCUUUAAAUACCCAAGAAAAGAUGGAAAGCGGAGCUCUUGGUGUUUCUUUCUCUUGCAGUGAGGAAGAUAUGCAGAAAUGGCAAGCCAUCAGAGAGGCCAGCCGUGUGCGAUACCGGAAGAGGCUGAUGGUGGAGAGACUGCUCCAGAAGAGCUCUGGUAGUGAAGGGAGCAAAUCAGUGAGUGACAUCACCGACGGUGAGAUGAACCUCAGCAACUUGCCGAUAGAGUUGCGAGUUGAAGAGAUGCAGAAGAUGCGUGCUCGGUUGAAGGAGAAUGAGGAUAAGUGGCAAGAUGAUCUUUCAAGGUGGAAGAAUAAGCGCAGGAGUGUGAAUUCUGACAUUGUGAAGAAGAAAGAGGAGAGAGAGCAGAUUGAGCAGAUCACUUCAGGCAGCAUCAGGAAAUCAAAGACCUUCAAGGAAAUGCAGGAUGAGAGAGAGAGCCGACAGCAAAGCAACUACAGGGACAGCUUUAACUCCAUCUCUGAUGAUGUCUUCGAAGAACCUGUACCCCGAAGCAGAACUCUGCCAGCACGUAGCUACACCAUUGACACCCCUUACACCCCCAAGGACAAACCUUCAGUACCCUCCAUUCCAACUCUGAGAGAAAAGGAACCUGUCGCUGGCACUCUGGCAUCAGAUCAGACAGAUUUUCAUACCAGACGUGAUCGCUCCAGCCCAGAUAUCCCACUGAAAAUUGAGGAGAGCCAUACAACGAUCCAAAGCCUUCUGGACGAUCCAGUUCCUGCGUUGUCCAGCAGCAACACCAGCCUGAUCAAGCCCACCAGCGUCAGUAAAACCAGCAGCGUUCUCAGCAGCUCGGAGUUGAUUAGCAACACUAAGCCAGUCGAGAACUCCAGCGGCCCCAUUAGCUCUUUGUAUAAACCCAAUUCAAUGGAUACAAAGCAGUCUGGGCUGGAUCAAGUUUCUGCCUCCCUCCCCAGGAGCUACCAGAGAUCAGAUAGCGCAAGACUCACCUCUGUAGUCACGCCCAGGCCAUUCGGCACAAAAUCCAACCGAAUCGCCUCCCUUCCCAGAGCAUUCACGGUGGACGACUCUCUUAAACGCACAAAUGGAGAAACAGAUAGCAUCAAGAAAACUGCAAUUUCUAACCGAUAUGCUCAGUAUGUGAAAGAGGAUGAAGAUAUUUCCCAGGAAAGUCCUGUGCAAAGCAGUGAGGAAGAGGAGAAAACCCCAUCUCCUGUCCCUCCGGUCCACAGACUGUCCCCCCUGCCCAAAUCUCCAUCCCCGUCCAUCCCUUCUAAUGAGGUGGACUACAGUGAGAUGAGGAUCAGCCUGAACCAGAAACCCAACAGCAGCCGGGACUUUGGCUUUCAGAGCAACUGGGACUCCACAGGGGUCCGUGUCAAAUCUGUAGUUCCAGGCAGCCCAGCUGAGCUCGGUCAAGUGAAGGUUGGAGAUGAGAUCCUUACAGUGAACGGCCGCAUGGUGGCAGACAUGAGCUAUACUGAGUGGAAGAACAGUAUGGAGGAGGCCUUGCAGCAGGGUAGUCUGUUUAUGGACAUCCGCAGACAUGGCAAGAAUAACUGGGGCAGAGACCUACCUUCCCUUCCAUUUAAAAGCCAUAAGACCAUCAAUCUGACCAGUCUGGAUCCUCUAGGUCCCUCCGAGCCAUACCUCAGCACCAACCUGGAUUUCACAUCCCAACAAACCAAGGAUAUGGUCGUGAAAACUGUGAAUGUCAGCUCACAGUCUGGCAAUAAUUAUGGUUUGAAUGGGAUAAAUGGUGGUUUCCAUGAGGAUUCAGAGACUUCGAAUAAUAAAGAAUCCAUUACUUUGAAAAACUUAAAAAGGAGAUCAGAGUUUUUUGAACAAGGGCUCACAGUCAGUUCUCUGGUCUACCUCUGUGGUGGAUCGGAUACAGCAAUAUCAAAUCUGCCCGUUCCCUCCAUCACUGCAUCCACUACCCGCUGGUCCUGGGACCCCGAAGAAGAGCGCAAACGGCAGGAGAAAUGGCAGAAAGAGCAGGAGCGUUUGCUGCAGGAGAAGUACAAAAAGGACCAAGAAAAACUGGAUGAGGAGUGGAGGAAGGCACAGCAAGAGCUUGAGAAGGAGAACUUCAAAAAACAUGAGGAGGAGAUGUGGCGUUUAGAGGAAGAGAGGAGGAAAAGAGAGGAACAAGAGCGCCUUGAGGAAGAGAAGAAGAAGAGAGAAGAAGAGGAGAGGAAAAAAAGAGAACAGGAGAGGCUGCGUUUAGAGGAAGAGAGGAGAAAACAAGAAGAACAAGAGCGCCUUGAGGAAGAGAAGAAGAAGAGAGAAGAAGAGGAGAGGAAAAAAAGAGAACAGGAGAGGCUGCGUUUAGAGGAAGAGAGGAGGAAGAGGGAGGAACAAGAGCACCUUGAGGAACUGAGGAGGAACAGAGAAGAGGAAGAGCGCCUCCUUCAGGAAAAAGAAAGGAAUAGAAGAGAGGAGGAGAGGAGGCGACUGGAGGAGCAGAAGAGAAGACAGGAGCAAGAUAAGGUGGACUCCUUUGGCUAUACCAAUGUUUACCCUCAAUUAUCCUACUCACACAGAUCUAUUUCCAAAUCAACUCCAGAACUUGAUGAGGUUGCAAAACCAGAUAUUAAAGGUGUGUACGGCAGACACAGGGGUUUGGCAGGAUGGCUGCUGGAAGAGGAACUGAGGCGAAAGAAAAACACUCAGAUCCAGAGAGAGCAGGCAGCGAGUGAGCUAGAGCUUGAGAGGAGGAGCAUUCUCAAUGCCAUGAAAUACAGAGAUCCAGAGAGAGCGAGCGGUGGUCUGGGUGAGUUCAGUAGAGACUAUAAGAAAGAGCCUCAUUCUCAGACUGAGGUGGAGAGGCAGCAGAUCCUUCAUGAAAUGAGAAAGAAGACUUCCUUGAACACAGACAACAGCUGGAUUCGCCAGCAGAGUGCUGCCAGUGUUACCGCCAAAGAACCGAUUGAUCUGCCCAUUAGGAGAGGCGAGUCUCUUGAUAACCUCGAUAUGCCUCAUUCCUCUUGGAGAUCAUCAUGGAGCACAUCUAACAGCACCUCGUCCAUACCAGACUACAGCCGGCCUCAUUCGUCCCUCUCCGGCUCCUCGUCGUACCAGAGUGGACGUCCAGGGUCUGCAACUCUGCAGUCAUCUGAGUCCAUGAGCUCCCUCAGGCAGUCCUGGUCCCCAUCUGCAGCUACACCAGAGCCAGAGCCUCGAGCUCCACCACGGAAUAGGUCAGUGAGUGGCAGGAAAAUAUGUUCAUCCUGUAAUACACCACUGGGCAAAGGAGCAGCCAUGAUCAUCGAGUCCCUGGGGCUCUGUUAUCAUUUGAGUUGUUUCAAGUGCUUUAACUGCAGGUCUGAUUUGGGAGGCUCAGAAGCAGGAGCAGAAGUCAGAAUACGAAACCAACAGCUCUAUUGUAACUCCUGCUAUGUGCGACUCAAAACUGGGCAGCCCACAGCCAUGUGAUCUCACAGUACUGCAGCAGAUCGAAGAGGAACCAAUCACAGACAAGGAACUGUAAACACUAUAGGAGCGUGUUGGAGAUGUGAUGAACAUUGGAUGAUUUAGCCAGCCUUGAUUAUUCAUUGAGCUUCUAUUCUUCUUUUUCACUUAUGAGAGGGUGAGAUUCCUAAGGUUAUGUUUAUUUGAAAGUAUUAGUAAUUGUUUGUACAAAAGGGAUGUGCAUGUACCUUGAAUAUGAACUAUGCAUUUGAAAAGAUCAUCUUUUUCAUCAUCACUGAUUGAAUCUUCUGAUGACUUCUGGCUGGUUAACUGUGUCUGUAUGUUCAUGAAAGUGUUUAUAGUAAUUAAUAGAGAUCUGCUAUUUUAUUGUCAUUGCUUAUUUAGGUUUCUCCUGCAGUCCUUCUAUAUAAUGGUUUGCUGACUAAAAUAUCCUGUUAUUCCACUUCAUCUGUGUGCCUUUUUAUGUUCUGAUGGGAAAAGAUGAUUAAGGAUAAAUCCAUUAAGACUUUGUUUAAAAGUGGCAUGGUUAGUAAGCAGCACUCAUGAGUUAUAUACUCUUUCAUUGGUAGCAUCUAUUUUUAUGCAUCUGAGCAAUUUCUCUGCAGGGGGAAAAAGAUUAAUCUAGAGCAAAAGCAGUGUACUCAGUUAUAAUUGUAAAUAAAAUUUCCAAACUAUAA